AUGCUUCGAUUACAUACGAAGUUGAGACGAUUGAAACAGAAGCUUCAGUGGUGGAAUUGGAAUGUUUUCGGGGACGUGUUCAAGAAUAAAGAGAGGGCCGAGGCAGCUGUUCUAGAGGCCGAGCACAUAUAUGACUUGGAUCGAUCUCCCGAGAACCGUGCAAAUUUGAAAAAGGCCACUGCUGAACUUACUCUCAUGCUCAAUAUUGAGGAGGAAUUUUGGAAGCAGAAGGCAGCUUGUAGAUGGGCGACUGAUGGAGAGAGAAACUCUAAGUUUUUCCACUCAUUAGUGAAGAAAAAGCGAUGUGUUAAUCGAAUCCACUCUAUCUCUCAUGGUGAUUCGGUUCUCACAUCUGCUCAGGAGAUCAAGGAUUCGGGAAUUAAUUUCUUUAGCAAGCUUCUUACCGAUGAUAUGCUUAGUUUGCUUCCGGUUGAUGAGUCCCUAUUUUUCGCUCCUCAAAGGGACUUUACUUCAGUCUCUACUUGUCCGUCGGUUGAGGAGAUCAAAGAUGCAUGUGAUAUUUUUGAAGCGGUUUGGGAUUUCUUCGAGGGUAGAUCUAUGCCUGCGAGCUUCGCCGCUACCACCUUGGUUCUUAUUCCAAAGGUGGACUUUACGACGGCUUUGACAGAUUUCCGCCCGAUUAGCUUGUGCAACGUGACCAACAAAAUUAUCACUAAGUUACUUACGAAUAGAUUGACACCUCAUUUGCCCCACAUUAUUUCUCCUUCUCAGAGUGGGUUUGUUCAGGGUUGUCUCAUUAGUGACAAUAUUUUAUUAGCACAAGAGAUGGUCCACUCGAUAUCAGUUCGUUGUCGAAAUUCGAAUCUUAUUUUGAAGCUGGAUAUGGCAAAGGCUUAUGAUAGGGUUCAGUGGCGGUUCUUAUUUCGUGUACUCGAGCUGAUGGGUUUCUCGGUGAACUUGGUUGAUAUUAUUCGGCGAUGUGUUUCCUCGUGCCAGUUCUCUUUACUAAUCAACGGGGAGCUGACGGGGUAUUUCACUUCGUUUCGUGGUUUAGGGCAGGGAGAUCCGCUCUUGCCGACUCUUUUUGUACUUGCGGCUGAUUAUUUUUCGAGAGGUCUAGAUGCACUAUACAGCCGUUGCCCGGGCAUGUUUUAUUCUACAAAGGGAGGCAUCCCUAUCUCCCACUUGGCCCAUGCGGAUGAUGUGAUGAUAUGUACCUCGUGCCAUAAUUUUGGCCUGAAGAAGCUGCGGGAUUUUCUCGAUCAUUACUGUCGGACUUCGGGUCAGUUGAUUAGUGUGCACAAGAGCACUUUCACAGUUGAUAGGGCAUGUUCUGAUGGUCAUCUUCACACUAUUUCUCGGAUUCUCAGUUAUCUGAGAAAUGAUCUUCCUAUCAUUUAUCUUGGAGCUCUGUUAUACAAGGGGUGGGACCGGGGCAGUUUGUUUCGGACUUUGCUUGAUCGCAUGCAUGCCAGGAUUUCGGGUUGGGCUCGGACCGCUUUGGCUUUCGGGGGCCGUCUUGCCUUGAUCCGGAGUACGCUUUCGACUAUGGCUUCGCAUCUUGUUCAGCGCCAGCCUCAUUGGGUUGCUUGGGAGACGAUUUGCCGGCCAGUUGGUGAGGGUGGCUUGGGGUUGAGGCGUUUGACGGAUGUGAUUGACGCCUCCACUUACAAGCUCUGGUUCCGAUUCCGUGCUCAGGAUUCUCUUUGGGCCCGUUUUCUCCAAAACAAGUAUUCCCGGAAUCGGUUCCCAGGUUCAUCCGUUGUGUCUUCACUCUAUAGCACUGUGUGGAAGCGCAUGUGCCGUGUCCGAAAGCGUGUUCAAGCUCAAAUAUUUUGGCGAAUUGGUCCAAGUCAUGUUUAUUUCUGGCACGAUCACUGGUUUGGCGAUGGUCCCCUUUCGGGCAUUAUUGAUGGUGGUCGGCUAACGUCAGUUCGUGUGGAGUAUUAUUUGGUUAAUGGUCAGUGGGAUCGAAACAAGCUAGCUGAGGAUAUUCCUUUUGAGUGGAUUGAUAGGAUUUGCUCGGUCCCGAUCUCUGGUGUUUCGGUUGAUUUGCCUAUAUGGAGAGCUUCUUCGAAUGGUAAGUUUUUCUUGACCUCGGCUUGGGCCUUGAUACGACAACAACAUACCCCUACCCCUCUUCUUCGUAUAUUUUUGGGAUCUUGUCUUACUCGUACAAUUUCUAUCUUUCUUUGGCGUCUCCUUCUUCAGCGUCUUCCAGUGGAUCUUAAACUUCAGUCUCGAGGCACCUCUCUCGCCUCGAGGUGCUAUUGUUGUCCAGAUCCAUCUAUUCCUGUGUCGAGUCUUGUAUCUCAGUCUGUCGGGUCUCCUUUUGUUGAGUUGAUCGAUCAUAUCUUCGUGGAGAGCCCGACGGCUAAGAGGGUAUGGCAUCAUUUUUUCUAUCUUUUUGGCUAUACACCUGCACACACUACGCACAUACCCCAGAUUUUACUUUAUUGGCAGCACUUCACUUUGCACACACUCACACACCACACACACAUCACGACCAUUGUGCCUUGCUUGAUCUUGUGGUUCUUAUGGAUUGCAAGAAAUGAUAGAAAUCACAAGGAUAUCAUGGUUCGCGCUUCUUCCAUCAUUUACAGGGUCAUCCAGCACAUCAGGAUUCUUCAUCAAACCAACUUACUUUCGGCGGACAGCUGGACUGGCAUUCCCCACGUGGCUGAGUCUCUUGGCCUAUAUUACCGGGUUAGAACACCAACUCUCACACCUCAUCGAGUUGUUUGGCUUCCACCGGAUCCGGGUUGGGUGAAGCUAAACACAGACGGAGCCCGUAGAGCAUCCACCCAGAUUGCAGCUAUUGGUGGGAUUAUCAGAGGUUCGGACGCUGAUGCCAUACUUGCAUUUCACGAGAGGAUCUCUGUCUCGAGCAGUAUUGCAGCCGAGCUUGCUGCCCUUGCCUCGGGGCUGAGAUUUGUUAUUCAGAGACAAUUCACUAGAGUUUGGAUCGAGCUUGACGCAGAAGUCACUGUUCGACUUCUUUUGCACACGGACAAAGGUCAUUGGAGUCUUCAGAGUUUUCUCACGGCGAUCCGUAACUCUCUUUCUACUUUGGAGUACAGAAUUAUACAUAUCUACCGGGAGGGCAAUACAGUCGCAGAUGUAUUAGCUAAUUUGGGGUGUCAGACCGAGUUGGCUCUUACCUUCACAACAGCGGAGAUUCCCCGACCUAUUCAGCAGAUGAUUCGGAUGGACCAGCUUGGAUAUCCAUCCUUUCGACAACAGGUUGGGGUGAUUAUGGAUUGUCUGGGUCUAUCAAGACUAGACUGUUUGUCGAAUGGUGCCGCACAUUUCGCAGCCGUUAUACCUGUUUCGCCCAUUUUUGGCGAAAGUAUAAGUGGCCUCGGCUGUUGUGGUGAGGCGAACGUUGAGCUGAGGAGACGAGCUUCUUGCACGAUUCGACUGUGGAAUAACACCGAUCAGUAUGUUGCCUUUAAGGUUUCGACCAAGAAUCCGGAGAAGUACUUCUGUUCAUUCAGUUACGGAAUUCUAUUGCCCGGAUCAAGUUGUCAUGUUAAAGGUUUCAUGAACACGCUAUAG